GCCUGUGCGUGUGCUCAGGUGAAUAGAUGGGGGUGGGGAUGUUGGUAUAUGACGUCAACGGAGACCCAACGCAAGGUGCAACCGUGGCCAAACAAAGCUAAAUAAUGACAGUCAACCUUGCUGUCAUUUUUCGUAUUUGCCGCUAUUCGUCACGCCUCGUAUUCAUCCUCUUUAUUGCUCACAAAAACCUAAUUAGCGCCUUGUGCUCACGAGCGUCUUCCUUCAUUUGUGCAGCUGCAGCUUGAGAAAUCCUUGGCUGUGGUUGGCUCCCCUGCGCUGUCGGUCACGCGCGCACACGUGCACAUACGCACGCUCGUAGCUCCAGCAUCACGAGAGGCAGCAGCGGCAGUGAAAGCGGUUUGGCAGGGAGGGCGACGGGGCUUUGACUUUGGGUGCUUAGUCACAUUUUGCUUUGACCAGUGAGGCGAAGGAUGGAGCGGGCAGAAGUGGAGCACUGAGCGGGUCAGCGGGAGAAAAGACAGGGAGGAGGCAAGAGGGCACCGUUUUAAUUCGGAGUAGAUGAUGCUUAUUUGCCGCAGGCCCCGCCAUCGUGAAAUUGGAUACCGACUUGCGGCGGAUGGGGUGACCGAGCUCGCUGCUCCGCCGGGGAGGUCCCUGCCUUCGGACGGUACCGGGGUGGGAGCUGCCUGGUUCUAAGGAAGGAAGGAGUGGCAAGAGGGAAAAUGCAGACGGAGGAGGAGACGGCCACCGCAGAAGAGCCCAUUUUGGAGGAAGGGUCAGGACGAGAGCAGCAACGGCCAGUUCAACAGUCUCUGGCCUCCUCCCUCUGUCGGGAGUCCCACUGGAAGUGCCUCCUCCUGACCCUCCUCAUGUACGGCUGCUUUGCCACACUCGCCUGGUGCGCUCUCUGUCGGGUACCUGUUCUCGGCUCCUCCUCCAUACCUCUUGGUGCUGACGACGAUGCCACCUCGGCGGCCUACUACAAUGACAUCCUGCACUUGGAGAGUCCGUGCUCUAGUGGCUACGUCUACAUCCCCCUGGCCUUCCUGGCCAUGCUUUAUGUGGUUUACCUGGUGGAGUGCUGGCACUGCUUCUCCAAGACGGCCAUGUUGGCUCAUGCUGAAUUCCAGGAAGUGUACGAGCGUGUGCAGAGACUUCAGCAGGCCACACCCUGUAUUUGGUGGAAGGCCAUCAGCUACCACUAUGUGAGGAGGACGAGACAGGUGACACGAUACCGCAACGGAGACGCAUACACAACCACACAGGUCUACCAUGAGCGGGUGAACACUCAUGCCUCCAGUUCAGAGUUUGACUACGCCCGCUAUGGCGUCAAAGACGUAUCGAAGGAGCUGCUGGACCUGCAACUGCACCCUGCAGUUCGCCUCCGUUUCACCAAGUGUUUCAGCUUCUCCAGUGCUCGUGCUGAAGCUGCCUACCUCACCCAGCGAGCUCGCUUCUUUGGUGAGAACGAGGGCCUUGAUGACUACAUGGAAGCCAGGGAGGGAAUGCACCUGAAGAACGUGGACUUCCGUGAGCACAUCCUGGCGUUCCCAGAUCCUGCUCACCAGCCGUGGUUCUCAAGGCACAGGGUGUUCUGGCUAGCCUCAGCUUUCCUCCUGUCAUGGCCGCUGCGGGUGGUGUCAGAAUAUCGCACAGCAUAUGUCCACUACCAUGUGGAGAAGCUGUUCGGGGAGGACGAGGAUGCUAGUGGAGGAGGUGGAGGAGGACCAGGUGGAGGCGGAAGAGGGGAUGGGACUGAAGGUGGGACUGAGAAUGGAAUCCACCCAGGAGGAAUUGGUAUUGGAAUUGGUCUGAAUGGGACCAGUUACAGAGCAAUCUCUCGGGUCAACACAGUGGACAUGACAGAAUUGGAAUGGCACAUCCGCUGUAACCAACAGAUGGUCCCAAGCUACUCUGAAGCCCUCCUUAUGGACUUGGACUCAAGUGGGGGGACAAACCCCACGGCCUCUACACCCAUCUCUGGGCCUCCAGGCACCACCCCAAACCAGGUGACCAACCCGCCUCCUCUGGCUCUGCCUGUGGUGUUCAACUCAGCUUACCUCCUCCAGAGCUGCCCUCGUUGCCGGAGGACAACGUCAAGUUCCAGUCUUCCCUCCAGGCUAAGGGCCCCGAUGGGAACCACAGCCCUCCUAAACGCUACCGUGGCAGGGAUCAGGGCAGCAGGGCCAGGAGGUGGGGGUAUAGGAGGAAGGUUGGUGCUCAGUCGGAGUGGAUUCUCACUAGGGAGACUGGGAGGAGGACGCCAGAACAGCCUGUUUCAUUCAAGAAGCAUGGGGGGAGGGCUGGGAGGAAGCAGGGAAGAUGGAGGAGGAAGUGCCGGCGGAGGAGGUGGCGGAGGCGGAGGUGGUGGAGGUGGAGGAUUCCUUGGGCUGGGUUCAAGACAGGACAACGAGGAGACCAGAGGAGUGCUAGAGGGAGAGGGGGAUGACGAGGAGGAGGAGGAGCAGGAGGAGGAGGUGAGAAGAGGGGAAGACAGGGGAAGGGGAGGCAGAGAGAGGGAUGAAGAAGCAGAGCAAGACAGCGGAGGAGGAGGCGAGGGGAGGGAGGGCGAGAGGGAUCGUCCUCCAUCCUACCAGGACGCAUUCUUCUUCCCUGUCCUCAUUAUACACGGAGAGGAGAGCUGCCAUGCUGGAGACGACAUGUGACGAACAGAAAAAUCAACACAUCAAGAGGAAGAAAGCAAAGACAGAGGCUGAGAGAGAUGACAGAACGGAAAGAAGAGAGUGGAUCACAGAAGAAGGGGAUGAGGGAAAAUGAGAUUUGAUAGACCUGAAGAAUGAAUGAAAUGAGAACCGAAUGAGGUUGAAAGAGUGGCGUUGGUUGACAGCAUACCAACCACAGAAACAGAAGAUAAAAAAUGAGUCAAAGCAUGAAAGGCAAGGAUAGACAGAAUUAACAAGGACAGAGGGAACAAGGGAAGAGGAAAAAGAACUACAGUGGGUUUAGUAGGAAGGGAGUGUGCUGGAAGAGGGGAGGAGAAACAGAAAAGUCUUAGAGAGAAAAAGUAGACCGCUACAGGGGAUUUGAACAGAUUCAGUGCAUAAUGUAAAAAGACAGGAAACACACUGGUUCAGAGGAAGAUGAAAGCUGAUAGUGCAGGAGCGAGAUAAGAUGGAGUCUGAGAAAAUGAGUGAAUCUUCGCAAUUGUAGACUUUGUCACACAGAGAUUGUGUGAGAAAGAGGGUGACGGAUCAGAUACCUGGGAGGAAUGGAAAGACUGAAAACUUGUCUAUUUCCAGAUAUAUCUAUGCAAGAACAGGGGUGGAAGGAGUAACAAGUCUAAAGAUAGCAACUGGAGAGCAGUGGAGAGACUCCAGACCAGCUGAAGUGGUAGUGGGUACUUUUUCAAAAGGCACAGAAGUGGAGACACUGCGAGAGGGUAUUCUGAAGCCUGGAAGGUUCGGUCUUGGUUCAGGAGACUAAAAAUACGGCUUUAAAAAAAAAAAAAGAAAUGUUGAAAGAGACAGGAAAUACUAAAUAUUUCAGAUUAGGGAGGAAACAGAUGAGAUCUCAAAGGAUUACAAAAUGCACUGUAGAGAACGGGAGGGAGAGAAACCAUGACAUGCUAUCGGCAAGGUAAAUAUAAAAAAAAAAACAGCAAGGGAGGAGAGUAGAAAAUACAAGCAUCAGAGAAACAAUAGACAAAGACAAGAAGUAGAAUACAAAAUUAGACACUAUACUGAUCAUGACAGACCAGAUUACACUUACACAUUCACUAAAUCUUACAGAUAAUUCAUGCAGAUUCUUAAAAAGUCACAGAACAGAAUUAUCAAAGAUCUCAAGAGGAGGAGAAAACAAAGAUACAGGAUUCAUCACAGAGAUGAAACGCCCUCUGAGCAGCAAUUCUUCAGUCUAAUCAGGAAAUCUAAAUAACAUUCAAAUAGUUUCCCCUUGUAACGUUUUCAAACAGGCCCCCAUGACAGAUAAGGUUUUUUUUCCUCAGAUCUUUUAAGAUUUAAUAUACAACUUCACACAACACCUGACUAGCAACUGUAACAGUUACAGUCCCAAUAAAAGAGGAGAAACAUUGAUUUCCUCCGUGUCUCCUCAUACCAUCUUACUCCUCACUUCACCAUUAGCUUCCCCACCACUCUGUGUCCAUUACAGAUAUGGAGCUGAAUGAAAAGAUCCCAUAAGAAGGGGAGCAUCUGCUUCCUCCACCUCUCAGCCUUCCCCACUCCUCUAUUCUCAUGCUUCUACCUGCUCUCCGCCAUCCAUUUCAUCACCUCUUCUGUUCUCCUUUCUCUCUUCUUCACCCCUCUCUGCACAGAAAACCAUAAGUUACAGGUGCAGAGGUGUAAUUCUCACUAACACAUCUUUUGAAAAAAAAAACAAAAAAAAACAUGACCACUGUAGCUUGGAGCAACAGUUUUGCAAUUAGCACAUGUUGUGUUAUAAGUGAAGUGAGAGAGUCUUGUACUAAAAUAGAUUCACUGCAUUUAUCAUUAACUUCCCCUCCUCUUUUUCUCCAUCACCUUCAGCUCAUCCUGUUCCUCCUUUUAAAGUGGUGGAUAUGUGAUACACCUCUCUAUGCUACUGGAGAUGGAGAGAUCAGAUUUCAUCUCCGCCUACUCCAUAUAUCUCAUGUCCUCCAGGCUGAGCUCUCUCCUCUUGAAUCAGACUUUAUAAACCAGAUGUCUCUCGCUACUUUAUGUCUACAUAUUUUGAAAGAAACAGAAUGAGAUUUCAACAAAUUCCACGGGUGCUUUGAUCAGUGGAUGUACUUUAUUCGUAGAGGAGCUAAAGAUGUAGACAAAUUGGCCUUUAAAAACACUGACUUCAGGCAGAGGUUGCUAACAAAGGAUGUCAUUUUCAUACAAGAUGAGUAAAAUGCUAAUUACCACCAGUUAUGCCUGUGUAGUUGUACUAGAAUUUGUACAAUUUGUACCCAAAGAUAGACCUGUGCAGUAAGAAGAAGAAAAAAUACAAUAACCAGAAAACCCUCCUGCAAUAUCAAUACACUAUAUAAGACAGUGUGUGUUUAAGCAUGAAAAAAACCUCUUUAUCUCAUUUAUGUCCAUAGUAUUGGACUGCAUGGGAAGUAAAACUUGACCUGUCAAGCUCAGCUGACAUUUUCAUAAUUAAUACUAGUAGAAAUUUGACCUUUGCUUUGUAUUUUUAGUGUAGACAACAAAAUUGCUGAUGACAAUUUCCAAUAUUCAGAUAAAACCCACAAUAUGAUCACAGUGAUCAGUAAUGCCCAGCUCUUUGAUUGUGCCAUGCUGCUACCUCCUCCUCUUGAAGAACCAUCUGCAAAUAAGUAACAGUGCUCUCUAAAACAUUGCCUCACUGUGAAACGUGUAAAAGUUAGCUGGCAUAGAGAUGCAUGUAACUCAAUAAUAGCUAUUGUGCAAGACCUACUAAUAGCUAUGUGGCAAAUACGGCUGCCAUUGCAAAAUGCAGUGCCAAAAAGCAGUGAUCCAUGCUCAGUCAACACAAAUUUAGAUGUUUUAGACAAAUCUAGAGAAGGGCACGGACUUCAAUCCAUAGGGAUUAACUCUCUUUCCUGCUUUCUCAGUUGAUAUGUUUUCAAUGAAAAUCAGCCCAGGGAGAGGCGACUGGCACAGACAACACAACCAUCAGUGCUUUGAUGCAUAAUACUUUACAAAGCACACUAAACCUGCUACAGUAAUAAGAAGCAGUUAGAGUAGUUAGGUGAACAUUUCUUAAUCUUCCCUGCAUAGUGCCCUUCAAAGGUCACUUCAGCCACUUUGUUGGAUGUUGGAAGGGUCUCCCUCGCUCUCUAUCUGCUUACUUUGGACAUGAUACUGAAAAGCACACUGAAAGAAUGAAGUUGGAGAGAAAUCUCUUACAUGAGGAGUUUCCUGAAAAUGGAGCAAGAGUGAUGCUUCAUACACUUUAUGAAUGAAAGAGAUAAUGGACAUGUCAACGAACACACACACACACACACACACACACACACACACACACACACACACACACACACACACACACAGGCACAGAAAUAUGUAACAUCCAACCUGGAUUCAGCAGUGACAGCAGGGAAUGUCCUCUCAAUGAAACUUUCUGGAAAGAAAAAGUAGAGCAUGAGUGCUGACCUGGUUUGGUGUACGGGACACAUUCACGCACAGACGCACAUACACACACACUGACACACAUUCACAUACACUGAUUCUGGCUGACGGAUCUUCGGUAGCUUUGGGGGACAUCAAGCUGAACUGGGAGAAAACUAAUGGACGAAAUAAUUAAUGGAAGAAAACUGGUCGUGAAAAGCAAGAAGGACAGGUGUUUCUGUAUGACCGCAGAACUGGAAAAGGAUGAAAAGACAAACAGCCACUGAAAGGCAGAAAGAGUGAAAAUGUGAGAUUAAAAGACAAUUAUUUUUACAGCUAUUAAUCAUUAUCUCAGUCUCUUGACUUGUGGAUAAAAUUGUCUCCAUUAACGUCCCUUAACAAAAGAAAAAAGCACUAAAAAGCACUGAACACACCUCUGUGUUAAUCUGAUUUACUUGCAAGAUCAUGUUGCUUUCACUAAUUUUCUAUCACUUGCUUUGUUAUUUUGUUAAAUUGUAAUAAUAUGACAUUUUUGUUCAUGUAGCCAGUCAGCCGCUUAAAUUUAAAAUAACUCGUGCUGAACUCCAGUUUAAAAUCUGACUGCUUUUACAUUUCUAUCUAUAUACUUUGGCACCACAAGUGACAAAACAAGACAAUACAAUUGAGUCUGUAAUUUGCUACUUUUAUAUCAUCUGCAUACUUGAGUAGACAUUAUUUAAGGUUGUUUAAGUGAUGUCUGAAAUCUAAAUGCCUUUGUAAGCUUCAGAAAUUUCUCAUGUCUUUUCUGUUCUUUAAUUUUAUUUCUUAUUUUUGUAAAACAGACUUUGCUCUCAGCUUCCCAAUGAGCUUAGGUCGGUGAGUCUGAAUUGCAAAGGGUGCUUGGACCCAGUUGUACUUGCUUUCAAGUCUAGUUUGUUUAUUUAUUUAUUUAUUUAUUCUUUUGAAACAGACAGGUGUAUUUCACUCAUAUGUGUUGUUACUGGAUAUUUAUAUGGUGUUUUAUUAUCUCAGAGUGUGUCAAAAGUGUGUCCUCAGCCGCUUCAGGUGUGCCAAGAGAACUUUGUGCCCAUGAUGUCUUACACAAACACACACUCGUGCGCUUGCAUGUUACGUCACAGCAGUAAAGCAGCCAUUAUAACAGCUUAUUUUAGACUAGAGUGACAUUAAUCCAAUACCCAUACUCGCCCCACACAUGCAGCAUCUUAAUACAAACAUGCACACACACACACACACACACACACUGAAAGCAUGGAACUGUCCUGCUAUGUUGCCUUUGUGUCCGAUGUUGCCAACUUUUUUGCUCAGGAUUUCAGUUAAUGCUGCAUUCCUGUGUCAACACACGCUCUCUGUCACACACAAACCCAUUAACAUGCCAAAGCGAAAAAAGGAAAAAAAAAAAAGAAAAAGGAACAUCACAGAGAAAAUACCUGUGCACAGAGACAUGAGCAGCUGGUACAGGUGGCUGCACCAAGUCCACACUGCGUUCUAUAGUAUGAUCUGUACUGAAACGUGCCACUGCCUCAGAUAAUUACAUGAGGUGACAACAGGAUGGAUUUACUCAUUGUUUUAUACCUAUCAGUUAUCUUUAUUGACAAAAUGCGCAGUUUUGUCUGUUCAUGUUAUUUAUUUUGUGCUGAGUAAAUCCACCUAUUGUCUAAUAAGUUGUUUGAUUGGUUAAACCUGGAAAAAAGGUGUUUUUGUCCACUAGGUGGCAGCAAAGCCCAACAUAUUGUGACGACUCAGACGUGUGGCACUGUAUUUCAAGGCUAAACCAACAGUGAAUCAGACAGGGUAAAAUCAGCUGCUGUCCUCCUCUCUGUGGGCUGAGACUUAUGUAUGUUCCACAUUUGCACACAGCCAGUGAUGUCAAACCAGGUAAUUUGUCUUUGGCAGCUGAUAAAAAGCACCUGCUGUGACAUCACCAGUUGAUAUGUGGCCAAAAGUGUAACAUACGCAAAGGUUUAAACACACACAGAGCGGUGUAGUCUGAUGUGAUUGUGCAUUUAUCUUCUAAGCCUCCAUUGAUGUUAUUUUUCUUUCACUGUGACUGAAUGUGUUGCAAAGCAAUAUUGCCCAUAUCCCUGCUUUCUGGCUGGACUUGUAUAUGUUGCUAAGCAGCUUUUCUGAACUUAUAACCACAAGCAAUGGGAGCUUCAGUCAUUGAAAUGACAGCACUGUUAUAGAGAUAAACGCAAUGUAUUUUUGACUGAGCCUCCAUUUCUACUGCAUAACUCAUAGUCUGGCUGUGUUGCUCUAUAUGACACAAACUACAAAUAAAAGGAUAGCGGGGGAAGGUGGUUUGGUUUGUGAUCAACAUUUUCAAAAAGACCACUCUUAAAUAAACAUCUGUCUACUUGUGCCCAAAGUUAGCCCACAUACAGUUUAUUCGUUCUGUGUGGGCACAAAAAUCUGUUCUUGUUUUUCACCUUUUUAUCAACAUCAUCACUUGACUAUCUUAUAAAAUGCUCGAGCAAUUAUGGCCGAUGUAUUGUUGUCAAUACUGUUACUGUUUCUCUUGUGGUCAUGGGAUGAGUUGAGUAGUCAUACCAAGUUUGUCAAACACUGUAAAAAAAACAUGUCUAAAAUCGGUUUGACUUGAAAUCACAUGAAUUCCAGCUGCAUCCUCUGUUUUCAUUUGCAGAUACACUCUGUCUGUCUAAUGUGGAUACUACAAACCAUCAGGUAACAAGUAGAAAAAUGUGAUCCAUUGACUAUAUUUCACACACAGCCAUUAUACCACUGUUGACACUGGGCUAUUGCACUUGCCACCAACCAUACAUAACAUACAUUUAUAUUAAGUAACAAUUGAUCCAAAACAGAAUUCAGGGUAUUCCUUUGACGACUGACCUCAGACACUUUAAUGUGAAUUUGUGUGCAUUAAUAAGUCUCCCUCAGAAGUAAAAAUAGCAGCCAAGAUUACUGUCUGUUCUUUUCCACAGACACUUGUCCACUGUUCUUUCUGCAUUGAAUAAUAGCAAUUUUCCAUUGUUCAAAAACUGUAUAGUACCUGUACUGAGCCUUGUAUCUGUAUGAUACAGUAUCAGAACCCUUUGUUUUUGCACUGGAAUAAUGAGCAGCUGUGUAUUGUUACAUAUUCUUGAUGUCACCACCUUCAGGCAGUGCUUUAUUGUCCUGAAGUGGACACAAAAGACAAUAGAAAAUAACACCAAAAUGACGAUUGUAUAUAAAAACUCAUAUGCUGAUAAUCACUUCAGUAUCACAUGACUGUAAUAUGUCAAUACAAUCUUGUCUGAGUUUAAGGCAAUACAGAUAUUCAGUGUCUGAGUAAGGCUCAUUUUAUGAUCAGGGUCAGAUUAUAUUUGUUGUCGACAAAAUGUGGUCGUAAUUAGCGUUAGAGCUGCAGUGGCUACUCCAGUAACACCUCGCAUUUACAUUUACUAUGUCACCUGAUUGUUAGAUGAGUAUCAUCAUUGGACAAUAAAGCUACAAAAAGCUGCAUUCAUGUAAAAUCACAGUGGAUUCCACAAACUCUGACUUAGCUUGUCAAAGCAGCAAGAGCCUCAGCUCUCUCAGUUUCAACCUCAGAAGAGAUGAUCAUGUUCACAUGACAUUUCAGGGUGUUCUUAUUUCAUUUCUUGCUAAAUAUUUAAUGCUGCUGGAUUACUUGUGAGCUGUCAAACAAAUGAACUGUUACCACAAUGUAGUUGUUAUGUACAUGCAGCCUCUAUGGAGUUAAAACAAUAAUGUCACAUACAAUGCAUUAUUGUCUUACACAGUGAUGUGUAAAGCCAGGAAUGGGCUUUCUGUUCAAGCACUGUCAAGCAAAAUGUCCUCAGUAUUUAAGCUAAUUAAUAUGUAACUGAUAAUAAGAUUGUCAAUAUCACACCAGAUUAUAGGUGUUGUCGCUGGCCUGUUUAAGAUAGUGUAAUUAUAUGAUUUGAGUGGAUGAUGACAGAAAAGGUAAUGGAGCUGGUGGCAAUAACGCUGUUAGCUGAUGCGAUCCUGGCGAUGAUGAUGACAAUUAAUUAUCAUGGAAGAUACAAAUAAAGUCAAUCUGCUUGGUAUACCA